UUAACAUUUUUAUAGAACCAAAAGCAAAAUUAAAUCUUUUCUUUGGAUUCCAUAGCAAUAUAGAAACAGAGAAGGCAAUUGAAAAGGAAAUAACAACACAAAAAGAAAAAUGAGUGAAAAAUCAGUGCUGAUAUUUGCAGUUGAUGAUAGUGAACAUAGUUUUUAUGCACUUGAAUGGACACUUGAUCAUUAUUUUAGUUCUCCUUCAACUUCCAUAUUUAAGCUUGUUAUUAUUCAUGCAAAAUCUAAUGCAUAUGCUGCUUGUGCCGUUGGAAUGGCUGGACCAGGGAGAAUUGAUGUGCUUACACUUAUAGAAACGGACAUUAAAAGGGGAGCAGAGAAAGUAAUUGAGAAGGCAAGUGAAUUAUGCAAGAGAAAAGGAGUAACAAAUGUAUCAUAUGAAGUAUAUGAAGGUGAUGCUAGGAAUGUUAUUUGUGAUGCUGUUGACAAGCACCAUGCCUCUCUAUUGGUCAUGGGCAGCCAUGGUUAUGGAGCUUUCAAAAGGGCUGUAUUGGGAAGUGUAAGUGACUACUGCUCUCACCAUGCUAAUUGCUCUGUGAUGAUUGUGAAGAAUAAGGCAAAACCCCAAAUUAGCAACAAACAACAUUAAUUGGCUCGGUGGUGUUCAAUUGUUCAGGUUUCAGGGUGAUUUUUUUUUAAGAUAAAAUUUCAACAUAUUGUAUUUAUUUUGGAUUCUUUUGGAGUUAAAACAUUUUUGCUAAUGUACCCGUCUAUUUAGCUCUCAUGAUCAAAUUGUACGUUGAUACAUAUACACAUCUCUGUCUUGCUAUUAUUAUAACUUUAGGAUUGUUAUAUGCAACCAAAAAUAAGCGUUUCGAUUAAGUCGAUAUGUACAAUUCAAUGCGACACUAGAGCAUGUAUUAAAAGAUCUUGAGU